AUGGAUGGGUAUCCGACGGGAAGUUUGGACCACAAUGUCCCCCUUCUAGUAGCUGCCGGCCUUAGUUCCGAGACGAACGAGCUCCCAUUGAGCGCCGAGCUGAAGGAACAGAGCAUCCUUCUCCGAUCAGAGCUACCACCUAUCGGGGGCGAAGAUGCAGAGGUUUUGGCGGAAUACUUCAAGGAUGUUGAUGCGAGCGCAAAGUCGUGGAGUGCUUUCGAGCGAAAUGAGCCAUAUAGAUUUCGCAUUAGGACUACAGGAAGAUCGUUUCUGCUACCACCUCGUCGAGCUCGUCUCCCAGAAGAUAUCGAACCGCUUAGCGAACACCCAACUCUACACUCGCCAUUCUCCCCGCUCAGUCCAGUAUCGGCACUAUAUCCGGAUGGUCACAUCGAUGCGCAAUGGAUCAAGAAGCAUCAGGACCUCGUUCCUAGCGUGUACCUAUGCUUUUACCCCCUCACGAACGACCCAAAUUCCAUGACGCUUCAAGAUAAUCAUAUUAAGUCCGAUAUUAACAACCUCAAGAGUGCUUUAUUGCGUUCAGGAUACAGGACACGGCUAGCUAUUGUUCUGCUUGCGGACGGCGAAGGCGCUCCCCUGUCGUUGGCCGACGGGAUUCAAGAGAGACUGGAGAACAUACGGAGAGGGACAGCGUUGGACCCAAAGUCGGUCUUUUACAUCCCAUCACAGGAGUCGCAGGACGACUUGAAGCAGGUUGUUGAUAAUGUCCUGGGCGUGCUUUACACUUCAGCCGUGGAAUACUACCGGGAUCUUGGACGACAUGCCAGGAAGAAGCGAUCUCGUGGAAUAGCACCUCAACCGACUGUGCCACCUACCACCGGGACAUCCCAGACCCUUUCGCUCCCAGACUGGAAUUUCAGAUACGAUUUUAAGUCGGCCAUAUUUGCAGAAUUUCGACAGGAGACAGAUGCGGCCCUGCAGUUUUUCAAACAAGCGUACGAGGUACUUCUUGGACAGGAUGUGCUGGACAUCAUCCCCAGUUGGAGCCCUCGCUGGAAUGAGGCGCGACUGUUGGCGGAUGUCAUAGCUAUCCGGUGCCUAAGAUGUCACUUGUGGUUGGGCCAAACUUCGUUGGCUGUUAGAAUGUGGCAUUCGCAUCGAGAUCGGAUUGCUGACUUUGUCGAUCGACGCGGACGAGGGACCAACAACUAUGGAUGGCAGGCCUGGGAAGCUCGGUGGGCUACAGUCAUGGCAAAUUUGAUUGAAAGAGUAGGUCUGCCAGCUUUGGCGCCAGCAACGGGAGCACUGUUUGUCCCGCCAGAUAAGUCUGUCCUAGGCGAGCGAGUGUCACCAUGGGAGUUGCUGCACCAUACAGGCUACUGGUAUCGUAUAGCGGCACGUCAUCUUGUGGCUCGCCGGAAGCUUGCGUAUCAGAUGCCCGAGGAGGAUAGGAAUUCGCCGGAUACAACUCCUGCAUCAGCGGUGGCCAGCAAGGCAUUCGCAUACGAUACGUACAUGUGCCCGGAGCCGUACCAAGAAUACCCAUUAUCGGGUACAGGAGUAAAUCAUGCACAACUGAUCAUUGAUUGUCUCAAUGAGGCGACCUCACAAUUUCGAGCUCGAAAGCAAAAGCGCGUAACGGCUGAGAUAUCGUUGGAGUGCGCAAGGGAGUUCGCCAAUCUGAAACAAUGGGAUAAUGCUGUGGAGACCCUACUACCAUUCUGGGAGGACGUGGCGUUCAGAUCGGAGGGUUGGCUCAAUAUAUCAGAGGACCUGUGCUUGACUUUGCGAAGAAUCGCUGUUGGAGCUCGCCGUGCCGACCUCGUGGUUGCUGCGGACUGGGAGCUCAUGAGUAACAGGUUCGUGCGGCAGCCACAGUGGCAUUACGACAUUACCAGAUCACUCGAAGGAAUUACAACAGAGGAGAAGUCAUCAAUUAGUCUGAGCGACGAAAAGACCGGCUCGUUCAUUUCAGCAUCUUUCGUGUUUCGGAAUAAAGAGGGCAAGGCUGGCGAGACAUGUACGGCACAGCUUGCGCUCACAUCGCACACGUUUCUCGAUGCUGCUCCGAUCGCAUUUGAGUCAUUGAAGGUUGAGUUCAGUGGGAGUCUCAGACCAAUAUUACUGGAGCAAGGGGAUUCAGAGGACGAGGACUCGACCUCCCAGAUAUCCAUUCUGCCGUUAUCGCUGAAAGAGGACUAUGCCGAAGGGUCUGAGGAUGAACUGCCGACACUGCUCAAAGGAACUUCCAACUUGACACUCCGGCCUGGCCAAACACGAGUGUUCGAAAUGAGAAUUCCUUUGAGGGAGCCAGGAACUGCUACGGCCUCGUCUGUAACGCUCUCACACAGCAAUGAAAGCUUCAACCUGGACGCAAAGAUCGGAAUUCGCGACACAGAUCCUAUUGUUGGCUGGUACAUUCAGGGCUCAUCAAAAACCAGAAGUAGCCGCCCAGAAGCAGGCACAAUCCGUAUUCAACCUCGACCGCCAAAGAUGGAGAUCAAGCUCUUGGAACCCUCAGCCCAGUACUACGCAAACGAGGCCAUCGAGUUAGAGGUCGAAUUGCUCAAUGCCGAAGACGAAUCCGCUACUGCUAAACUGGAUAUUCACCUCUUUGGAAAAGAAAUACCGGCAAUCCGAGUGGUGACGGAAGGUAAUGAGGGCAGCGCCGAAGCAACCACAGAAGAGGCCAAGAUAUUGGGACUUCCUUUGGGUGCCAUAAAGAGCACAGCAUCGGUCAAGAUGGUGCUUCAUAUAGAUGCAGCACCUGGCCCCACGACAUUCGAUUUGCACUUGAAGACGUCGUACCACUUAGACUCAGACGUUGCAACGCCGAUCAUGCAAUUAUUGACAGUCCAGGUCAAUGUUGUGAAUGCAUUUGAAGCAAAUUACGAUUUGGUUCCACGACUUCACCCUGGACCGUGGCCGAGUCUAUUUGACUCUGAGGGACUGGGAGAUACGGAAGAUGGUGUUGCCAGAGGCUUCACACAGAAGUGGUGCUUACUGUGCCACUAUGCCUCGUUUGCCCAAGAGGACUUGAAGGUCCUUGGCAUGGAUCUCACUGUGGUCUCAUGCGUUGGUGGUGCAAGAUGCAACGUGAGCCAGGGAUCGGAUGUGUCACAUGAAGGCAUCAUUGUUGCCCCCAAAACGAUGCACGAGGCACAGUUCGAUCUGAUAGCCCAGAAGCUCACGAUGGAAGAUCGACACCCUGUAACACUCGAAUUGGCAUUUGUCAUUCGAUGGCAACGCCAGAACCGCAGCGACGGAGCUGUCAACACUACAACCAUGCCCGUUGGUAAAUAUCUGGUUUUGGGCACAGAGCCGCGAGUGCUGGCAUCGGUGUAUUGCGCCACUAAAGCAGAAGAUGGCAUGCCAGGGUUGAUGCAACUGGACAUGACAGUCGAGAACCCAUCCAAUCACUUCCUUACCUUUGGUCUCAGCAUGGAACCGAGCGAGGACUUUGCAUUUUCAGGUUCAAAGCAAACAACACUGAACCUGUUACCGCAGUCGAGACGGACAACAACCUAUCGGUUGUUACCGCACGUCAACGGAGUAUGGAUAAGGCCGAAAUUGACGGUGCGAGACAAGUAUUUCCAAAAGGUGCUACGCAUAAUACCGACAGAAGGGAUGAAGAUCGACGAGGAUGGACUUUUGGUGUGGGUUCCCGCAGAGGAGACGAGCGAAGACGAGAAGUCCGAAGAGCGAGCAUAA